GCUUUUUCAGCAUCAGUCUGACUUCUGUGAUAUUUAUUCAUAGCCAUUCAUGUAUGAAAAGCUAUGGGUGCAAUAGUCGCUGUGCCUCUCACCUUAACAACUGCCAUCCUCUCCUAUGCCCCAUCAGAGGCUGUAGUGUGGGCCAAAUGGAUUAUAUCUUAUGGUUGCAUUCGAUUGUCAAGAUAUUUGACGAAAGGGAGAUUCGACUUCUACGAUGUUCAUGCUGAACAUGAUCCCAUAAAAGCAAAUUUUAUUGUUCCCCAAGAAGAGAUAGAUCUGGAAUCGCCAUUAGAGGAGGGUCAGUUGCACAAAACAGCUGAUGAAGUAUUUUUCCAUGGGGUAAAUUCCAAAUCUGAGUAUCUAGUGACAAAGAUAAUGCGAUAUCCUAAUAAUGCGGCAAGUGCUUGGAUAUUUCUACAGCUAAGCAAUGGAAAGUUGUAUCAGCUGAAGAAGACUGCAAAUUACCAGCAAUCUAGCUGUGAGAAAAAAGUGUUCUCAUGUGGAGGACUUCAGCUACAUUAUAUAACACCAAUGAGAGCUUGGAGAAUAUUUUAUAAUGGAUUGCUGAAGGAAACAGACCAUGAUGGUACCAACGAGAAAAUGGUAUAUGUUAAAUUUGCUUUCAUUUGGCGAGCUUCGUCGGAUGUUUUCGAUUUUACUUCAGACAUCAGCGCAUCUGCUUUAGCUAAGGGGAUGUCUGAAACGAAAUGGUUGAACUUUAGGCCACCUAUAGAAGAGUUUUCUAAGGUUCUGAAUCUAUAUUCUCAGUCUGGAACCAUAUCAGGUACUCUAAGUGUUGAUGGAACUGAUGAAUUAUCAAUGUAUUUGUUCGGUGAAAGAAUUAGAUAUAUAGGUGAUUUUUCAAUCUUGAAUGAAAUAGAGUUUUAUCAUUUGUUUGGACAAGUAUAUCGAAAUGGGAGCGUUGUUCAUUUGUUUCGCAUAUCAAUGCCUAAUAUAGUAAAAGAUUUGACUCAUGGGUUUGUUGUCACUCCUACUGGUGUCAUAGAUGUAGUGACUGACGCAACGUUCGACUUGAGAAAUAUAAAAGAAGAGAGAAGUGGAUAUGAUGAAAUAAUAAAAUUUCAUGGCAAAAAUAACUUGUAUAUAUUGCGAGGAAAGCCGGAUCAGAAAGCAAACACAAUUUACAGCACUCAAAAUCCUGUGGCUCACGAAGCUAUGGAUAGCAUAAGGUUUGAAUUGAAUAAUAACGAAGGAUCUGGUUUCAUCAUUGAAGGAAAGAUAUUUGUCCCAUCAAAUACCAGCGAUGACCAAAGUAAACCUCCUACAAGUCUUAAAAGUGAAACCCACUCAGCUAAACCAUUGGUGACAAGUUUCACCGAGAAGGUAUGCCAAGAUCCUAGUUUAACAGGAGGAAAGGGAUCUUCUUUGGGAAUGUUAACCGAGCUCAGUAAAGAUUUGAAAAAUUUUAUUGUUCCAAAUGGAGUUGUAGUUACAACUGCUGCUUAUGAAUUGUUCAUCACAGAAGAAGUCAAGAACGAAAUACAAUUAUUAGAAGACGUGCUUUAUGAAAGAACUGCUGGAGAUGUGCAACAAACUUCUCAAAGAGUGAUGGAAGAAGUCGUGAAAUCAAACAUUCCUGACCAAGUUCUUCAUUCUAUUGUAACCUCACUUCAAAAAGUAUUUCCUGACAAAGACAUCCUCAAGUUUGCUGUUCGCUCCUCUGCGACAGGUGAAGAUACAGAACAAAUGUCAGCAGCAGGGCAGAUGGAUACUUUCUUAGGAGUUUCAGGCAUUAAUCAGAUUUUAUCAGCAAUUAAAAAGUGCUGGGCCUCUCAGUUUAGUCAUAUAGCUGUGCAGUAUAAAAGACAGAAUGGUCAAAUUCUCAACUCACCAAUGGCCGUUGUGAUACAAAAAAUGAUACCAUGUGAUGUGGCUGGGGUUCUGUUUACCUGUGAUCCUCUUACUGGAAACCCAACAGUGAUGAAUAUAACCGCGAAUUAUGGUCUUGGCGAGUCUGUUGUUUCUGCAUCUGAAGAACCUGAUACCAUAGAAAUUGCUCGAGAUAUUGAUGAUCAGCUGUCAAUUAAGAACAAAACUAUUGGUGUAAAAGACCAUCGAAUAGUUCUUCAAGAUGAAGCUGGGACAAACGUUGAGGACGUUUCUGAAGAAGAGAAGCAGACAUGUUGCUUAUCAGAUGAAAUGGCUCUCCGAUUGGCUGACUUGGCUGUCAAGAUUGAAAAAUGCUACAGAUCUCAUCGAGAUAUCGAAUGGGGAUUUUGGAAAAGUAAUCUGUACAUAUUUCAGUCUCGACCAGUAACCAGCGGAUUUGGAGAAACUGACUAUGAAAUCGAUCACGAAAUGGAUGCACAUUUGAGAAUUGAAGAUGAAUUCUUUACUGUGGCGAACGUUGGAGAAGUAAUGCCUGGUGCUCAGUCUCCUUUAAACUUGGAUGUGUUAUUCAAAUUCAUGCGUUUGAGUUUCCUGAGAAACACAGGAAGCAAUUGGAGUACAGAUAUCAAAGCAGCAUAUUAUAGCAAAGGAAUGAUUUCUAUGUACAAUCGUGCCAUGUUUCAUCUUUGUGAUUUCUACGAAAAGAGAUUUUCUGAUGAACAGAUGAUGAAAAUAGCGAGCAUCGGUACGUUUGGCCAUGUAUUAGAAGUUUCAGAUUUUAUUCACAUAGUUGAUGACAGGUUUGGAAAACCCAAGACAGACGCUUUAACAAGUCUAAAGGAGCUUUUACAACUCCGUAGGCUACUAUUUGGAUACGAAAAAUAUUUUAAAAAAGCAGCGAGAAAGUAUGAGAAUUACAGAAUUCCAACUGAAAAUUAUAACACGUCUCAAGAAUUGUUUGAUGCCUUAUUGCAUGCGUGUACCGAAAUUACUGAUACUAUGACUGUUCAUAUAAAAAAUAGCGAAGCAUCUUCUAUUUGGAAUGUGUUCAUUUUGAAUGCUUUAAUAAAAUAUCGAGGAGAAAUUAAUGCUGACGUAUAUCGGGAUUUUUCGGAGCUGAUGAGAAUAAGUAGUGAAGUUGUAAGUGCUGAUGUUCCAGCGGCUAUAGAAGAAUUGGCUAGUUACAUUGAGAAAGAAAUACAGCCAGAGGAUUUCAAGAGUAAAUCAGUAAAGGAUAUUCUAGAAUGGUUGGAUCGAUCUGAAACAAUGGCAGGUGCAAAAUACAGAGAGUUUUUGACAAAACAUGGACACAGAUGUUUGAGAGAGUUUGAUAUGCGAACAAAGCCAUGGAGAGAGGACCGCAAUUCUUUGAUUAACCUGUUAAAAAGUUUAGUCGGGAAACCUGAAAAAGUUUCGAAUAAGAAAAAAAGUUUUGAGGAAAAGCUUUCAUCCUUGAGCCUUUCAUUGGGUUUUGCAAACAAAUUGUUUUUAAAGUUUCUAAUAUCUCGAGGACAAUAUGCAGUGCAACAAAGAGAAUUAUCAAAGUCUUUGUUAAUCAAAACAAUCGAUGCUUGGCGAAAAGCAUACACUUCUCUAGCCAAAUUGAUGCUUUCUGAGGGUCGUAUUCCAGAUGAAGAUCUACUCUUUUUCAUGAAUUUAAAUGAAAUUAAAGAGCUGCUUAACACAAGAUCGCCAAAAAUUAUAUCAAGGGCAAGGCACAGGCGCAGGCGUUAUCCUAUACUAGACAAAUAUAUUUUUCCCGAAAUCAUGAAAGGAUUCCCAAAACCAAUAGAUAUGGAGAGCGAUGUGGAAAUUUCUGAUGAAGAGAACUUUUCAAUGAAAGGUUCUCCUGUGAGUGCUGGAAUAGCAAAAGCUUAUGUCAGAGUUGCGUUAACCUUAAAGGAAGCCGAGUCCUUAAAACCAGGUGAAAUUCUUGUGACUUACAGUACUGAUAUUGGUUGGACGCCUUAUUUUCCUAUGCUUGCGGGUGUUGUUACCGAAAUCGGUGGACUUAUAUCUCACGGUGCCGUUGUUAGCAGAGAAUAUGGACUUCCGUGUAUUGCUGGUAUUCAUGGAGCAACGAGGCAAUUUAAGACUGGUGAUUAUGUUCAAUUGGACGGCAACAAAGGUAUUUUGCAACGAUUAAAGAAAGUAGAGAUUGCUGAAACAUCACUUUAGUUCAACAUUUAAGGAAAAAGGAAUAAUAAUUAUGAGUGAUACUGUUUCAAGCUGGAAUACUUAAAUUCGUUUCUUCAUUACAUCCUUAAAACUUUUAAACGUUAGUUUUUAUAUUAUUGUGAUUAAAUCAAUGCAAAUAAUUCAGAAUACAAACUUUCAGGAAAAGUAUUUUUUCUUUACGUAUGCACAUUUUCUAUUUUAAAAUAAAAAAAUAUGUUGUAAUA